CGCAUCUUGGGAGGCCGUGAACGCAUCUCGACAGUCACAUGACAGGCAGGCGGCGCUCUCGACUGCUCUGAGGCUCAGCUCGCGAUCAUGCCGACCACACAGCAGUCGCCGCAGGACGAGCAGGAGAAGCUUCUGGAUGAAGCUGUGCAGGCCGUCAAGGUCCAGUCCUUCCAGAUGAAGCGAUGCCUGGACAAGAACAAGCUGAUGGACGCACUGAAACACGCCUCCAACAUGCUGGGAGAGCUGCGGACCUCCAUGCUGUCUCCGAAAAGCUACUACGAGCUUUACAUGGCCAUCUCGGACGAGCUCCACUACCUGGAGGUGUACCUCACGGACGAGUUUGCCAAAGGACGCAAGGUGGCCGACCUGUACGAGCUGGUCCAGUACGCGGGCAACAUCAUCCCCAGGCUCUACCUGCUGAUCACGGUGGGCGUGGUGUACGUGCGCUCCUUCCCGCAGUCUCGCAAGGACAUCCUGAAGGACCUGGUGGAGAUGUGCCGCGGCGUGCAGCACCCGCUCAGGGGCCUUUUCCUCAGGAACUACCUGCUUCAGUGCACCCGCAACAUUCUGCCCGACGACGGCGAGCACACCGAGGGGUCCGAGGAGAUGACGGGCGACAUCGACGACUCCAUCGACUUUGUGCUGCUCAACUUCGCCGAGAUGAACAAGCUGUGGGUGCGCAUGCAGCACCAGGGCCACAGCCGCGACCGGGAGAAGCGCGAGAAAGAGCGCCAGGAGCUCCGCAUCCUGGUGGGCACCAACCUGGUCCGUCUCAGCCAGCUGGAGGGCGUCAACGUAGACAAGUACAAGCAGGUUGUUCUUCCCGGCGUGCUGGAGCAGGUCGUGAACUGCAGAGACUCUCUGGCGCAGGAGUACCUGAUGGAAUGCAUAAUCCAGGUGUUCCCGGACGAGUUCCACCUGCAGACCCUCAACCCGUUCCUGCGCUCCUGCGCCGAGCUUCAUCAGCACGUCAACGUCAAGAAUAUCAUCAUCGCCCUCAUUGACAGACUGGCGCUGUUUGCCCACCGGGAAGACGGACCCGGGAUUCCAGCCGAGAUCAAACUUUUUGACAUCUUCUCGCAGCAAGUGGCCACGGUUAUACAGUCGCGUCAGGACAUGCCAUCCGAGGACGUGGUGUCCCUGCAGGUGUCUCUCAUCAAUCUGGCCAUGAAGUGUUACCCUGACCGUGUGGACUACGUGGACAAAGUGCUGGAGAGCACGGUGGAGAUCUUCAACAAGCUCAACCUGGAGCACAUCGCGACAAGCAGCGCUGUGUCCAAGGAGCUGACGCGUUUGCUGAAGAUCCCGGUGGACACGUACAACAACGUCCUGACGGUGCUGCUGCUCAAGCACUUCCCGCCGCUCUUCGAGUACUUCGACUACGAGUCUCGCAAGAGCACGAGCUGCUACGUGCUCAGCAACACGCUGGACUACAACACCGCCAUUGUGGCGCAAGAGCAGGUGGACGCCAUCUUGAACCUGGUGUCCACGCUGAUCCAGGACCAGCCCGACCAGCCGGCGGACGACCCGGACCCCGAGGACUUCGCCGAGGAGCAGAGCCUCGUGGGCCGCUUCAUCCAUCUGCUGCACUCGGACGACCCCGACCAGCAGUACCUGAUCCUGAACACGGCGCGCAAACACUUUGGCGCAGGCGGAAACCAGAGGAUCCGUUACACGCUCCCUCCGCUGGUCUUUGCUGCGUACCAGCUGGCCUUCAGAUACAAGGAGAACUCAUCGCUGGACGACAAAUGGGAGAAGAAGUGUCAGAAGAUCUUCUCGUUCGCCCACCAGACCAUCAGCGCGCUGAUCAAGGCGGAGUUGGCCGAGCUGCCUCUGCGUCUCUUCCUGCAGGGGGCGCUGGCGGCCGGCGAGAUCGGCUUCGAGAACCACGAGACCGUGGCCUACGAGUUCAUGUCGCAGGCCUUCUCGCUGUACGAGGACGAGAUCAGCGACUCGAAAGCCCAGCUGGCGGCCAUCACGCUGAUCAUCGGCACGUUCGAGCGCACCGGCUGCUUCGGCGAGGAGAACCACGAGCCGCUGAGGACUCAGUGCGCCUUGGCCGCCUCCAAGCUGCUCAAGAAACCCGACCAGUGUCGCGCCGUCAGCAUCUGCGCGCACCUCUUCUGGUCGGGCCGCAGUACUGACAAGAACCAGCAGGAGAUCCGAGACGGCAAGCGCGUGAUGGAGUGUCUGAAGAAAGCGCUGAAGAUCGCCAACCAGUGUAUGGACCCCUCGCUGCAAGUGCAGCUCUUCAUCGAGAUCCUCAACAGAUACGUCUGCUUCUACGAGAGAGAAAACGAUGCCGUGACGGUGGCGGUUCUGAACCAGCUGAUGGGGAAGAUCCGGGAGGACCUCCCCAACCUGGAGGCCAGCGAGGAGAGCGAGCAGAUCAACAAACACUUCCACAACACGCUGGAGCACCUGCGGCUGCAGAGGGACGCCCCCGAGGCCCGGGGGCCCGUCUACGAGGGCCUCGUCCUCUGAAGUCCGGACAGGCGGCGCCUGAACGCACCGCCGACAACUCCCCCCAUCUGUAGGAGGAGGAUGAUGAUGAUGAUGAUGAUGAUGAUGAUGAUUCCUUCCAGUUCAGCAUCGUCCGUGACAGCUCGGACAAGCGUUGGAAAGCCCUUUGAGCUUUUAUUUCAGAUCCUUGAUAUUCAUGCACUAGUUCACUCGUUGUCCUCAUUAGUAAGCCAAUUUAGCGCACUGGAAGAAACUGCGUCUUUUAUUAGUACGAACUUUUCCACUACUAGUGCCACUUUUGGCCUACUAGUGCAAAAACUUGACAAGUAAACGACUGUGCUACACUGGUUACACACACUAGGCAUGUGUCAAGCACUAGUAGCCUCCUGACAUCAAAAUGCCUUGUAGUUUAAGACAGCACUAGUUGGUUAGCACAACUUUGAAAUACUAGUAGGACAACAACAUGUUACCACUGAGACAAACUGUGCACUUGGUGAGAGCUGUGUGCUACUAGUGCAAGUUCAGGACACCACUAGUAGAUGAGGACAACUUUGAAAUACUAGUAGGGACAACUACAUUGUACGAGUGAGGCAGAGCUCUUUUGACAACUUGUUGCUACUAGUACGACGAGUAGCAUAAAAAUGCUUCUAGUUAACAUCUAGCACUUCACCUAGUAGCAUGCAUCUAGUUGUCCUACUAGUAUGCCAAAGUUGGCGUCCGAGUGAGGACAAAUAGUGUACUAGUACAUGGAACUUGAACUGGAUAUCACGGAUACGGAAUCAAUGCUCGAAGAGCUGUAUGGAAAGUACAUAUUCGACAUCCUUGAUAAGGGGGCUACUAGUGCGUGACACCUGCCUACUAGUACUUUUCAAAGGACAUUUGUGUAUUUAUUCAAUGGCAAAAGAUAUUUUAAAGCCUUUGUACGAGUAUGCACUUUGUCCUCACUAGUGGCACAAGUACAUGUUGCUAGUGGACAUUUCGGUGCUACUAGUGCAUGACACAUGCCAACUAGUUGUGCCUAGUAGUGUUAGUGCCGCAGAAUAGUUUAGUUGCAUACAAGUCUGCCAAAUAUGGCACUAGUAGUGGAAAAAGUGUUACUAAUAGGACACAGUCAUUCUACUAGUGUGCUGAGUUGUCUUUCUGGUGAGGACAGAGAGUGCACUAGUACAUGGAUAUCAAGGAUAUGGAAUAAAAGGUCCCAGGUGUUUUCGUAGGAA